AUGCUUGUGAAUGUUACUCCCAUUGAUAUCAGAGAAGUUGCACUGUGUACAGGCCUAUACAACUGCCGUGCACUCAACCAGUGUGGCUUUGUGAAAGAAGACUGCAGCACUAUAGAUACUAUCCUCCUGGAAGAACAUCGAGAAAAGAACAGCGGUGUGCAUGUCGCUCUUCUCGGUCUCGAGAAAGCUUUCAAUCGUGUCCAACAUGAUCUUUUAUGGAUGUCCGUGAGGUCGCAUAGACUACUAGAAGAAGAUGUGCGGUGGACGAAACUGCUUUAUGCGAAGUCUACCAGAGUUGUAUUGUGUGCUGCUGGAACAAGCAGGCCAUUCCUUGUACAAGCAGUCCAUCAGAGUUCAGCACUCUCACCCCUGCUGUUCAUACUGUGCAUAUACUCGAUAACGAAGGAAAUCCAAAAGCAGCAUCAGUGGACCCUACUCUUUACCGACAAUGUCACGCUCUGGUCGGAGUCUCGAGAUGAUCUUCAAAAACAAUGCGGACAAAGGAUAGAAGAUGGUUCAACUCGUGUCGAUGGCACCAAAUUAGACAAGAUGGACUGUUUGAAGUACCUUGAAUCCGAAGUGACUUUCACAGGCGGCAUUGAUAAAGAAGGUCGAGCACGUGUUAAUGCGGCAUGGAUGAAAUGGAAAAUGGCAACAGGCGACGAAAAAGUCCCUGUUCGACUGAAGCCGAAGACCUGCAGGACGGUUGUGCGUCCUGUUGCUCUUCACGGAUGUGACUGA